AUGUCGUCGUCACCGUCUCCUUCUGGUUCUACGUCGUCGGCCCUGACGGCGUCGGUGGUGACGUCGGGCGCCAUUCAGUACUUCAGCGACUUUGUGGCGCAGGCCGUGUUCGAGAAGACCGGGGUCAAGGGGGUGGACCACGUGCGUAUCUGGAAGUUCGUGGCCUACAGCGUGGCCGUGACGCCCCUGUACGACCACUGGUACCAGUUCCUCGACUCGCUGCCCAUCACCCAGUUCGUCUCCUUCCUCCUCCGCACCUCCUUCCCCGCCAAGCGGAAGAGCGAAGUGCAGAAGAAAAAGGACGGGGAGGAGGGAAAGGAGAAGGAGCCGCUGUCCACGGUGCUGAUCAAGCUGGGCCUGGACCAGCUGGUGCUCGAUCCGGUGAUGACGUUGUUCUUCUACGUCUUCAUGGGCGUGCUCGACCGCAAGAGCUGGCGCGAGAUGCGGGAGGACAUGCGCAAGACCUACUGGCUCACCCAGACCAGCGCCUGGAAGAUGUGGCCCCUCGUCAACUUCAUCAUGUUCCGAUACGUGCCCGAGCACAUGCAGAUCCUCUUCGGCAACGUCGUCUCCUUCAUCUGGAACAUCUACCGCUCCCUCAUCGCGUUGGACGUGGAGUGGUUGGAGCUGCUGGGCGGCUGCUUGUCGACGAUCACCUGGCGGUAG